ACACACACAUAUAUGCAUUCAGUCGGUCGCUCUCACAGACACUAUUAGCACAGCUCUGGUGAAAUAGGAAGCUAAAGUAAGAGAGUUAAAAAAGAAGUAAAAACAGGUGGAAUUCAGACGACCUCCAGAAGAGAAACGCCAAACUUUUUCUCAGACUAAAGCAUGCAGCAGCAGCAGUGUAUGUGUGUGGCUUUAUUAGCCCUCCUGGUCAUCACAGUCACAACGGCAGAUGGUGGUAAAACAGAGAAACAAGGUAAAAAGGAACGUAAAUCAGAUUGUGGUGAGUGGCAAUGGAGUGUCUGUGUGGCUAAUGAGGGUGACUGCGGUCUGGGCACGAGAGAAGGCACACGCACCGGCAACGACUGCAAACAGACCAUCAAAACCCAGCGCUGCAAAAUUCCCUGCAACUGGAAAAAACAGUUUGGAGGUGAAUGUAAAUAUGAGUUUCAGGCAUGGGGUGAGUGUGACUCCAGCACAGGAAUGAAGACACGCAUCGGUACGCUAAAGCGAGCGCUGAUGGACGCCAACUGCCCGAACACCGUCAAUGCUACUAAACCCUGCGCAAAACCCAAGAGCAAACCGCAAGACUCACAGAAGCCGAAGCCAAAGCGGGACGGAAAGAAGGAUCGAAACCCGACAGACUAGAGAAGACAAGAGGAGAAGUUACACCUCCUCAUGCAGGACAUAUACACACCUGCCUUUAUAUGAGGGAAAGAGAUUUUUAUUUCUGUCUAGUAGACAAUAUAUAGAGCUUGUAUAGUAUUAUCUUGCUGAACAAAUACGACAUACAGAUGAAGAAAUAUCUAUUAAAAUCUAAUGCUUAAAUUGUAAUGUUUUACUAAACUUAUGGAAUAUCAAAUCAGGACAUUUAACUGAAGUUUCCUCUACUCGUCCUCAUAAUCUUCUAAUCCCCUAUGACUUAAAGUCUAUGCAUGACUUGUACAGUACUGUUUUUUACCGAUAGUAAAGUUACUGCCGUAGUUAACUGGGUGAUGAGACUGAGUUGUUAUGCGGUUAAGUAUACCACUGUAGGUGAUUUACUGAAUACGGCACACUGUACAUGGUUCUGUUUAAAUGAAACGGUGGUCAUUAUUCCCUAUAUGAAGUUUUUUUGCCACUGGUGAUGACCUCACCAGUUUAAUGUAAGCGACAUCUAAUAAUCAUCUUGGAAAUAAAAUAGCUGUAUAAAAUAUG